ACCGAGCCGUGUUGGUGGAAAAUCCGUUUGCGGCGGAUUAUUGUAAUCCGACGGAGGGUCUGCACGACACCAUGGAGACCCGAGGAAUACAGGGACCCAGUGGGGCGAUGAUCUGACGCUCCUGAACGCACCACCAAAGGCUCCUGAACGCACCAUCGGGCCGUUUCCUGGAGCAGCGCAUCCGCCUGAGACGCACUGAGCGCGGCUUGGCAGCAGCGGAGACAGAGCGGGACUUAACCGGGAAGCGUUCAUUCGUUCGUGAGAGCCCCCCCCCCCCGCCCUUCACCCCCCUUUAGCCCGGCUCGGCUCGGCUCAGCUGCACUUAGCCAGCUAGCUCAGCCCAGCUGCUCCAGGAGGAAUCGAUCCGAGGACUUUUACACACUUUUGUGUUUUUCUUUCCGAGCUGCCGCUCGACGAGGAGGCAACAUGUCGGCGAAAGACCCGAACCCGACCCCGAACCCGACCCCGAACCCGAACCCGAACCCGACCCCGAUGUCGACCCCGAUGUCGACCACCGAGCGGCCCGUGAAAGCGGUGCCGUACCCCCCCGGGACCCGGCUGUCGGUCUCAGACCUGUUCGUGGACGGGAGGCCCAGCGUGGAGGUGCUGAAGGCCCACCUGGUGAAGGAGGGCCGGCUGGAGGAGGAGACGGCGCUCCGGAUCAUCAACGAAGGGGCCGCCAUCCUGCGGCAGGAGAAGUGCAUGCUGGAAGUGGAGGCGCCCAUCACAGUGUGUGGAGACGUGCACGGACAGUUCUUUGACCUCAUGAAGCUGUUCGAGGUGGGCGGGUCCCCCAGCAGCACCCGCUACCUGUUCCUGGGGGACUACGUGGACCGGGGCUACUUCAGCAUCGAGUGCGUGCUGUUCCUGUGGGUGCUGAAGAUCAACCAUCCCAACACCUUGUUCCUGCUCAGAGGAAACCACGAGUGCCGACACCUCACCGAGUACUUCACCUUCAAGCAGGAGUGUAAGAUCAAGUACUCUGAGCGUGUGUAUGACGCCUGCAUGGACGCGUUCGACUGCCUCCCUCUCGCCGCGCUGCUCAACCAGCAGUUCCUGUGUGUGCACGGCGGGCUGAGCCCAGAGGUCACCUGCCUGGACGACAUCCGCAAGCUGGACCGCUUCAAGGAGCCGCCGGCCUUCGGGCCCAUGUGUGACCUGCUGUGGUCCGACCCGGGGGAGGACUACGGCUCGGAGAAGACCCAGGAGCACUUCUGCCACAACAGCGUGAGAGGAUGCUCGUACUUCUACAGUUACCCGGCCGUGUGUGACUUCCUGAUGAACAACAACCUGCUGUCCGUAAUACGAGCUCAUGAAGCUCAGGAUGCCGGCUACCGAAUGUACAGGAAGAGCCAGACGACGGGCUUCCCUUCGCUCAUCACCAUCUUCUCUGCCCCCAACUACCUGGACGUGUACAAUAACAAAGCGGCGGUUCUGAAGUACGAGAACAACGUGAUGAACAUCCGUCAGUUCAACUGCUCCCCUCACCCCUACUGGCUGCCCAACUUCAUGGACGUCUUCACCUGGUCGCUGCCCUUCGUGGGAGAGAAGGUCACCGAGAUGCUGGUGAACGUGUUGAACAUCUGCUCUGACGACGAGCUCAUGUCAGAAGGAGACGACACGUGUGAAGGUGGAACUCCAGCCGUCAGGAAGGAGGUGAUCAGGAAUAAGAUCCGGGCCAUUGGAAAGAUGGCUCGAGUCUUCUCUGUGCUCAGAGAGGAGAACGAGAGUGUGUUGCAGCUGAAGGGUCUGACCCCCACAGGGACGCUGCCGGUGGGGGUUUUGUCCGGAGGUCGGAGAACUAUACAGAACGCCACCAUUGAGGCAGAGGAGGCACGAGACCCUCAACAUAAGAUCCAGAGCUUCGAGGAGGCUCGAGGUCUGGACCGCAUCAACGAGAGGAUGCCCCCCCGCCGGGACGGCAAGCAGGAGGCCCCGCCCCCCAACAACCUGCCAGCCAGCCCUGGACCCUCCGACAAGAACGGCACCACCACACAGGCCUAAAGCCCCGCCCCUUUUCUCAUCUUUAUUCCUCCUAAAGCCCCACCCCUAUUCUACUCUUUAUUCCUCCUAAAGCCCCGCCCCUAUUCUACUCUUUAUUCCUCUUAAAGCCCCGCCCCUUUUCUCAUUUGUAUUCCUCCUAAAGUCCCGCCCCUUUUCUCCUCUAUUCCUCCUAAAGCCCCGCCCCUAUUAUACUCUUUAUUCCUCUUAAAGCCCCGCCCCUUUUCUCCUUUGUAUUCCUCCUAAAGUCCCGCCCUUAUUCUACUCUUUAUUCCUCUUAAAGCCCUGCCCCUUUUCUCCUUUGUAUUCCUCCUAAAGUCCCGCCCCUUUUCUCCUCUGUAUUCCUCCUAAAGCCCCGCCCCUAUUCUCCUCUUUAUUCCCCCUUUUGACCCUUUAUUCACCCUUUAUUCCUCCUCUUGACCCUUUAUUCCUCCUAUUGGCCCUUUAUUCCUCCUAUUGACCCUUUAUUCCUCCUAUUGACCCUUUAUUCCUCCUAUUUACCCUUUAUUCCCCCUAUUGGCCCUUUAUUCCUCCUAUUGACCCUUUAUUCCUCCUCUUGACCCUUUAUUCCCCCUAUUGGCCCUUUAUUCCUCCUAUUGACCCUUUAUUCCUCCUAUUGGCCCUUUAUUCCUCCUAUUGACCCUUUAUUCCCCCUAUUGACCCUUUAUUCCUCCUAUUGGCCCUUUAUUCCUCCUAUUGACCCUUUAUUCCUCCUCUUGACCCUUUAUUCCCCCUAUUGGCCCUUUAUUCCUCCUAUUGGCCCUUUAUUCCUCCUAUUGACCCUUUAUUCCCCCUAUUGACCCUUUAUUCCUCCUCUUGACCCUUUAUUCCCCCUAUUGACCCUUUAUUCCUCCUAUUGACCCUUUAUUCCCCCUAUUGACCCUUUAUUCCUCCUAUUGGCCCUUUAUUCCUCCUAUUGACCCUUUAUUCCCCCUAUUGACCCUUUAUUCCUCCUAUUGACCCUUUAUUCCUCCUAUUGACCCUUUAUUCCUCCUAUUUACCCUUUAUUCCCCCUAUUGGCCCUUUAUUCCCCCUAUUGACCCUUUAUUCCUCCUCUUGACCCUUUAUUCCUCCUAUUGGCCCUUUAUUCCUCCUCUUGACCCUUUAUUCCCCCUAUUGACCCUUUAUUCCUACUAUUGGCCCUGUAUCCUUCCCUCCUUGCUUCCUUCCCUCCCUCCUUCUCUCCUUAAGAGCAGAAGGUUCAGACUCAUGUUCUUAAUUUAUUCAUCGAUUUAAAUAUCAGAGUUGAGGACUAAACCUGCUGAAUCACCACGGUCUGAUCCGGUUCUGGUUCCCGUCUGAUCCAGUUCUGAUUCCGAUCUGAUCCAGUACUGGUUCUGAUCUGGUUCUGGUUCCAGUCUGAUAUGGGUCCGAUCUGGUGUGGUUCCAGUCUGAUCUGGUUCCGGUUCGAUCUGGUUCUGUCUGAUCUGGUUCCGGUGUGAUCCGGUUCUGGUCAGCUCUUUCUUCAGGAACGAUCACUGUACAUUUUAAUUGUUCCUCUUUGUUUUUUACAACAUAGAUUUAGGGUUAUAAUCUAGAGGGGGGGGGGACUCAUGAGGGGGCGGGGCCCGACUGAAGGGGGCGGGGCUUCUGUUCUCAGCAUAUCUCACAGGAUGUACAGAAACUUUCAAAUUAAAGCAACGAAUGAAUCUGUCACGUUUCACUCCAAUAAACAAACAGCAGUGAA